CGUAUGAAGGGUAAUCCUUCUCUACCUGCAACAGAACAGAAAGUAAUUGCUAUCCCUGAUGUUCGUACCUUUGAUGCUUAUGAAGGGGAUUAUAUCUUUAUGGCUUGUGAUGGUAUGUUUGAGGCUCCUGGUAUGAGUUGGGAUUACGUCGCAAAUUUAUUGCAGCGUGAAUUACAGGUAUAUAAAUAA